CAUCACUAGGCGCCACUUUGCCCUGAACGCUCAUCGCUCCAUUUUCGCGAUCGACAGCUUAUUGGAGCUACUAUGCCUUCUAUACCAUCUGCCGACAUCUCUACUCGCAGGGUGUUGAAGAAUUGCCCUGUUGUGAAGCAUCGCAUUUUGUCGUUAGACGCUGGCCAAUUUUGCCGACAGAUCAACCAUUUUGAGUACUACUGGGGUCUACAGAAGGGCGAGCUCAAUCUUGACACGCCGCUAAAUCACAUUGAACUCCGCUCAGAUAUGUCGGAAAAACUGACAGUUGGCGACUGGGCUCUUGUACCAACACCGGAAACGCUGCGAUCGAUGCUGCGGUUUGCCAAAUACAAUGCGAAAGCCUCCUUGCACGCCCGCAAGCAUUACCUCACGGUCUUUCCCGCGAAGGAGUAUGAAUAUGAAGUGGUCCCCCUCUAUAUGUUGAAAGGAAGGUCCCCUACGCUAUAUGUUCACGGCGACCCGCGCGUCAAGAUGUUUCGUGCGCCGUACAAGGGUCUCCCUCGCAUCAGGUCUUCCGCGCACCCAUUUUUCGUCGCUUGGGUCGCUUGCGAUCUCUUAGACCUGCAAGCGCCUCUCGUCAUGUCCAUCGAAGAAUCAGAGGCGCUUAGGAAUCCUGUCGGCGACAUCAUCGAUUACUGGUACAAUGAGCCCCCAGAGACCUUUCUCAUUGGCCCGGACGUCUGGAAUCAGCACCGCCAUCCUCUUAGCGACGACGGUCAGGACGCCGACGCUGCUCUGCGUAGCUCGCACAAGGCGAACGUCCCUGCCUCGAACGUGCGGAAGACAACCCGCGCUCCCUGCCGCCAGCCGAAGGCCACCACCAGGGCCAAGCCGUAUGCGAGAUACGACACGCGCCGUGUAGCCGAUAGAGGUUCUGCCCUCCCUCGGCCUGGCAUCCAAUCGGAGGAGCGGCCCGCGGGUCACAUCGCUUACGACCUCUCCGACCUACGCACAUGGAACGACCGCGCUAGGGCUGAGUCGACGUCUCCCUCCCUGAUAUGGUCCGAGACGUGGCUCGACGAGGAGUCCGCUUCCGACGCCAUUCUCGCGCAGUAUCGCCGCGAGAGUGUUCGCGAUGCCGAGGAUGCGCUGCACCCGCAGAGCACCAUCAACGGUGGCGGCCUAGUCUACGGCGAGGGCCAGGACAGGUCGCGCUUCUCCAGCAAUAACUGGGCGAUGCGGGCGACCGGAGCCUGCCUAUGGACGCUGGGUAACCCCCGCGACGGUAUCAAGUGCCUCCAGUGAUGGACUUGGCGCAGAUUCACCGCGAAAAGCCCACAAACGAUGACUCGUGUGUGGGAUCGGCGACGCUGGUGGCUGCAAUGUGCAUAGCUCGCGACCUCCCC